CGGGCCCGCCCUCGCCUCUUUCGUGGGGAGGAAGCGAGGUCCCCGGGAGGAAGGAAUGGAUUUGGUUUACACGUAAAGAAUAUAGCCAUCUGGCGGUUUGCGGUCCCUGGACCUGCCCCGAAGGUGGGAAGGAAGCCUUUCACAUUGGACUAAGGUUUUAAUCAUUAGUGGUGGGAGGCGGGGAGGAUAUGCCGGGCCCUAAAGAGCAGUAGUCCCCGAGAACAAAGAAUUACAGAGCACCCACAAACCGUAAUCUCGUUCAAAGUACUGUAACAAGAUAAUUUAAACAAGAUAGGUAGCAGGCGACCUUUUAAAAAAAAAUGGCAUCCCACUAACCCGCAUGUGCUCCACAGUUCCAUGGUUCGUGCCACCAAUCACUGGGCUGGGUUCAGCUCUCCUAGUAUGUAAACUAAUAAGCAACAAAGUGAAGAGGUAAACUGAUCAAUAUAAAUGGCAUUAAUAAUAGGGAUUUUAUUUGUAAAGUAUUGAAAGUUUAGUCAGAAUUCCUUACAAGGCAGUUUUUCCUUGCCCGCUCUCCCCUAGUAGCUUUAUUUAAGGAUUAUAUUGAUGCAAAAGUGGUUGUUGAUGCCAGUGAAAGGGGAAGGGGGUGGAGGGAGGGACUACUGCUUUUCUUGGAUACAAAUUUGCAUUUCUUCAAACAUAGAACAGAUGUAUGCAUUCCCUUGAGCUUUUACACAUAUCGUGACCUGACUUUAAGAAAAGGCAAAAAUAUACCAUAUGAGUUGAUAGUGUUCUUUAAUAUAUUUGAUCUGAAUAUAUACUGAACUGUUCGGGUGAGUGAUUGUGGUGAGGUGUGUUUCCCAUCCUCCUCCCCCCCUUCCAAGCAAAAUACCUAAAUAUGUAUAGCUUCUAUAUUUUAAACUAAAGUGUUCCGAAGAUAUAUAUAUAUAUUUUUUUUUGCAAAGACGCUCAAGGAAAUAACUCAUAGCUCCAAGGAAGGAAUUUUAUGGGCAGUAUUGAGGUUAAAAAGAGGACAAUAUUUGAAAAAAAAUUAGAAAUUGCUUUUAAGAUUAUAGCAGAGUAGACAACAUCAGGCAGUCUUUGCUGCCUGGACCUUUUUAAUGGCAUUUAAAAAAUCCAGUUCGGUGACUACAAUUUUUUCUGCUAUUUACUAGAUUUCAUGCUGGAAUGCAUGUAAAUAUUUCUUCUCCGUCUAAAAUUAACAGUGAAAGGGUGUGUUUUUGUUUUGCCCACGUCGCAACCCCCAUUUAAUUGUUUCACUUGAGAAAAGGAAAAGAGCAAAUGAAAAAUGGAGAUUGUUGACAUUGGCAAAGCCAUCUUUUUAGAGGCAUUCUUAAGCACCACUGACAACACAGUUCUGACAGUAUUUCAUGACAAUGGAUGGUGACAGUUCUACAACAGAUGCUUCUCAACUAGGAAUUUCUGCAGACUAUAUUGGAGGAAGUCAUUAUGUUAUACAGCCUCAUGAUGAUACUGAGGACAGCAUGAAUGAUCAUGAAGACACAAAUGGUUCAAAAGAAAGUUUCAGAGAACAAGAUAUAUAUCUUCCAAUUGCAAAUGUGGCAAGGAUAAUGAAAAAUGCCAUACCUCAAACGGGAAAGAUUGCAAAAGAUGCCAAAGAAUGUGUGCAAGAAUGUGUAAGUGAGUUCAUCAGCUUUAUAACGUCUGAAGCAAGUGAAAGAUGCCAUCAAGAGAAACGGAAGACAAUCAAUGGAGAAGAUAUUCUCUUUGCCAUGUCUACCUUGGGCUUUGACAGUUACGUAGAACCUCUGAAAUUAUACCUUCAGAAAUUCAGAGAGGCUAUGAAAGGAGAGAAAGGAAUCGGUGGAACAGUUACAGCCACAGAUGGACUAAGUGAAGAGCUUACAGAGGAGGCAUUUACUAACCAGUUACCAGCUGGUUUAAUAACUGCAGAUGGUCAACAACAAAAUGUUAUGGUUUACACAACAUCAUAUCAACAGAUUUCUGGUGUUCAGCAAAUUCAGUUUUCAUGAUCUGAAGAAAUGAUGGAAUGGGGAGUGUUGAAAAAGGAAAGAGGCUGUAUGAUUG